AUGGCAAAUCUCGAACGCGAGAAUCACUCCCGCGACGCAGCCUUCAACAAGGCCAUGCACGGCAAGUCCGCCCAGGCUCGUGGUGGCAUUGCAGCAAUGUUUUCCAAGGGUGGCGAAGCCAAGAAGGCUGCUGUUGACGAGUACUUCAAACACUGGGACAACAAACCUGCGGCAAACGAGACUGCUGAGGAACGCGCCGCUCGGACUGCUGACUACUACAACCUCGCUACCGAUCUGUACGAAUACGGCUGGGGCCAGUCUUUCCAUUUCUGUCGCUUCUCUCAUGGCGAGCCCUUCCACCAAGCCAUUGCCCGCCACGAGCACUAUCUCGCCCAUAGCAUAGGUAUCCAGGAGGGAAUGAAGGUCCUCGAUGUUGGUUGUGGUGUCGGCGGCCCUGCCCGUGAGAUUGCCAAGUUUACUGGUGCUCACAUCACUGGCCUGAACAACAACGACUACCAGAUCGACCGUGCUACACACUAUGCGCAGAAGGAGGGUCUGUCCAGUCAGCUGGAUUUCGUCAAAGGCGACUUUAUGCAAAUGUCCUUCGAGGAUAAUGCCUUUGAUGCCGUCUACGCCAUCGAGGCUACGGUCCAUGCUCCGACACUCGAGGGCAUUUACAAGCAAAUUUUCCGUGUCCUCAAGCCCGGCGGUGUCUUUGGCGUUUACGAGUGGCUCAUGACGGAUGAGUAUGACAACGACAACCUCCACCACCGCGAGAUUCGCCUGGGCAUCGAACAGGGUGACGGCAUCUCCAACAUGUGCAAGGUGUCUGAGGCCCUAGACGCCAUGCGGGCCGCCGGCUUCGAGCUCCUGCGCGCUGAAGAUCUUGCCGACCGGCCUGAUCCUCUUCCCUGGUACUGGCCCCUGUCAGGUGAGCUCCGCUAUAUCCAGAGCAUCGGCGACUUCUUCACCAUUGUCCGUAUGACCACGUGGGGUCGCACGAUUGCCCACAACUUGGCAGGUCUUCUGGAGACCCUGCGUCUGGCCCCCGCCGGUACGAAAAAGACUGCAGACAGCUUAGCUCUUGCUGCUGACUGUCUGGUUGCUGGUGGACGUGAGAAGCUGUUCACGCCCAUGUACCUCAUGGUUGGACGUAAGCCUGCCGAGUAA